AGAGCAAAGCGGAAGUUCUUGUAAACAACGACAGGAUUUCAUUUCUGUUGCUGUCUUCGUAACUGAACACUAAAAUAUGUCACGGGAUCCUUGGCUGCAAAAUUAUGAUGCUACAUGUCGUCUUGCCCAAGAAAUUGCAGAAAAUAUACAGGAAAGAAACAGGUUACAAAGGACAGAUGGAAGCACAGUAAAGAUCACUAUGACACUCAAAGCUUCAUUUCAAAAACUGAAGCAGCAGAUCACUCAGCUAAGGGAGCAAUUGCUGAGACUGAACUCUUCCAGGCAGAUAAUACAGUCCGAAGGAGACAGGAGACAGAAUUUACUAGACGAUCUCCUUUCCCAAGAGAAAAGACUACAGAUGUCUUUCAAGAAUGAUGGUACAGAGCCCAACGCCUCUAGGUCUAAUCUUAUGACUGGAGGAUACGGAAAUCUGGGAGGUCCUGUCAACCCCUGGUUAUUAGAUGAGCCUGAAGAAACAAGAGGAUUGGGUAUUAAGGAAAUUCAGCAGCAGCAGCAGCGGAUUAUUGAAGUACAGGAUGCCGGCCUGGAUGCUCUAGCAUCAAUUAUCAGUCGUCAGAAGCAGAUGGGACAAGACAUUGGAAAUGAACUGGAUGAACACAACGAGAUCAUUGAUGACCUGGCACACCUGGUGGAUAAAACUGACAGCAGAAUCCGUAACGAAACACACAGAGUCCAAACUGUGGAGAAGAAGUCUGCUUCCUGUGGAAUGCUGGUUGUCAUCAUUCUGCUGUUGAUAGCCAUUGUCGUGGUGGCAGUGUGGCCGACCAGCUAGAUGUUGUUUUUGGGAUGCAUCCUUUGCCUGGCUUGCCCGGACUGAAGAUACGGUGCGUAUGCCAGCGCUUCUCCUCCUCCUCCAACCUUCUAAUUUGCAAAUUAAUCCUCCUUCUUUGAAAAGGAGAGUAAACAUUCAGAAACAAAUUGAAGAAUGAAAACACAACCGGCGUGUGCAGUGCAUCUUGGAGAAUUGCAAGAGAAGCCCUCUGAUUCUCUUUGGGUUUAACUCCAAUUUUUGAAUGUGACCCUUCAUGAACUUCCAUAUGAGGAUCAACAUCAGCCUCAUUUUUGCAAAUAUAAGGUGACUUUGUGGAUGUUGAGGAAUACACAGCAUCUCGUGGCUGAAAGGAGGAGGUGGAUCAAAGUGGAAAAUGUAAUGAAUUGUACUGGUUACAGAAUUUAAGCCAAAUGAUGAUGUGGACAUGCAGUGUUUGAUUACUUACAGGUUCACUUAGCCAUACUGCAGGGGGUACUCAUGAAUGACAUUUGUCUAACUGGUAAUAAAUUAAGGCCUAACAGAAA